AUGGCAACAGACCUGAGCCCCUGGAAUGACACCACCAAUGACACCUGGGAUGGAGAUGAGCUGGGCUACAGGUGCCGCUUCAACGAGGACUUCAAGUAUGUGCUACUGCCCGUGUCCUACGGUGUGGUGUGCGUGCUCGGGCUGGGUCUGAACGUUGUGGCACUCUACAUCUUCUUGUGCCGCCUCAAGAACUGGAAUGCCUCCACCACGUAUAUGUUCCACUUGGCUGUGUCCGACUCACUGUACGCCGCCUCCUUGCCACUGCUGGUCUAUUACUACGCCCGGGGUGACCACUGGCCCUUCAGCACAGUGCUCUGCAAGCUGGUUCGCUUCCUCUUCUACACCAACCUGUACUGCAGCAUCCUCUUCCUCACCUGCAUCAGUGUGCACCGGUGCCUGGGCGUCCUGCGUCCUCUACACUCCCUGCGCUGGGGCAGGGCCCACUAUGCCCGCCGGGUGGCAGCAGUCGUGUGGGUGCUGGUGCUGGCCUGCCAGGCACCUGUGCUCUACUUUGUCACCACCAGUGUGCGCGGGGCCCGUAUCACCUGCCAUGACACCUCAGCUCCUGACCUGUUCAGUCACUUUGUGGCCUACAGCUCUGUCAUGCUGGGCCUGCUCUUCGCAGUGCCCUUUGCUGUCAUCCUGGUCUGUUACGUGCUCAUGGCACGGCGGCUGCUCAAGCCAGCUUACGGGACCACGGGAGGCCUGCCACGGGCCAAGCGCAAGUCAGUGCGCACCAUUGCCCUGGUGCUGGCUGUCUUCACCCUCUGCUUCCUGCCUUUCCACGUCACCCGCACCCUCUACUACUCCUUCCGCUCACUUGAUCUCAGCUGCCACACCCUCAAUGCCAUCAACAUGGCAUACAAGAUCACCCGGCCACUGGCCAGUGCCAACAGUUGCCUUGACCCUGUGCUCUACUUCCUGGCAGGGCAGAGGCUUGUCCGCUUUGCCCGAGAUGCCAAGCCACCCACAGACCCUACCUCUGUCCCCCAGGCUCACUGCCGGCUAGGCCUGCACAGGUCUGGCAGAAGUGACACCAAGAGGAAAGUGUUGGCCAGCAGUGAGGACUCCAGGUCCAUUCAAGCAGGGAGUGAGAACACUAAAGACAUCCGACUCUAGGACCUGAGCUCCUCGGGCCUGUGCAGGUUUAUGUGGCAGAGCUAUAGGGGAUCAGGGCUUGUUCAAACAGGACAGUGUCCCCAGAUACAGACUAUUAGUGACUCUGUCAUUUGGCAAGGUCUCAGGAUGCUCUCCAUGUGGUCCAGAGAGUCAGCCGGCUCCGUAGAUAGCCCCCAGUCAUCAUUUGCUGGUGAGAAUUGGGGAAUCAGGUUUGGAGAAAGGCAAGUGUUCAGGGCCCGUGCCACCUGAUUCCCGUGCAGAUAGUUGGCCAUUCCUGCCCCAGUACCUAGGCUGGGGUCCUGCAUAAUCAAGUCAAAGGAAGAAACAGGCCCAGAGAGGAAGAUAACUUAUCAAGAUCACCCGGUGGAGUCUGGGCCUGAGCUAGUUGGAGUGGGUAUGGAGUCUCAGACCAGAGAACCCCAGUACAUAGUCAGGGCUGAGUUCCUUCAGUAGUCUGGGGUGGGACUAGGUGCCACAGUGAACCCAGCUCAAAGGACUGACUACCCCUGGCCCAAGAGAUGAACAUCUGGAAACCGAUGUUGUAAACCAUCUGGAGGCUGUGCUAGGCUGGGAGUGUUAGAGGCUGUAAUUACACUAAAGGUUGUGUUGCCUGCUGAGCUGUGCUCUGUCGUGUGGUGGGAGGACAGGGACAUGGCCUGGGAAGCUUUCAACAUCCACACAAAGGCCUCUCCAGCCUGUUCUCAUGUGCUGCCAGCCUCCCAGGUAGCUAAGGAUUACAAGUGUGAGCCAUUGGCACCCAGCUACAUUCUAGGGUCUUUGUUUCUGUUCAUGUAGCUGGUGUCCCUCUGAGCUUUCUUGGUGACUACCUCUUCAGACUGUCCUGGGUCUUUCCUGCUGGCCUGAGCCUAUCUCUGUCCUGCCAGCUGCUGCUGAACCCCAUCCUUCCAGGGGAAGGAGCCCCUUCCCCGGUGAAAAGCUCUGAGCUCUCAGCCCUGCUGAGGCGUGGAGGUAGGGAGUUGUGUCAUGACUUUGAGAGCCCCCUACUCUGCAUCUGGGCUGGGGCUGGAGCUAUGGUCAUCAAAGGCCCAAGUUCCCCUAGUCCCCAUUCCUGUCCUACAGCUGCUCUGGUGACCCGGAUAAUCCAGCAUCCCCUGUAGAUGGAGACCACACUGCGGUCCCAGUCCCAGGAAGCUUUUCCUAAACCACUGCCAGCAGAUUUCUGAGGACAUGGAACCUGAGGGACAGAAGGGAGGGCUUACUUACCAUCUAGUUCUGUGGCAUGGGUGGGGCUUGGGAAUGGAGACCCUAGAGGAACCAGGGAUGGGCCUAGUCAGACUGCCUGGUCCCUCAAUAUGAACAUCUAGCUAGACUGCUUGCCUGGAGGGUGAGGUUUCUGACCUUGCCGCCUUGUGCUAUUUUCAGCCCAAGUAAGAACAAGAUUUUCCACUCCUGGCCCCAGACUAUUGUCCAGCAGUGACGUGGGGUGACCCCUCUGUCCUCAAAAAUAUCUCCUCUUACCCUCUGGACCUCAUGGCCCCCUCCCAACCUCCCCACCCUGACAUCACUUCCUAGGGCUGUUGACUCCUGAAGGCCACUAUGAAAGGGCUCAUGAGUCACCCGACAGGACAUAGGGGUUAUCCAGCCCAGCUGCAGAUUCAAGUGCAAAGGGGGGCAGGGCCCUGUCCAAGGUCAGUCCUCAGAUCAGUGUGGUGCCUGGGCAUGAACCAGGGGCUCAGGCUGCUCCUACUUCCAGGCCACCCCCUUCAGGGCAGGUCUGCAUCUGUGUUGAGAAUCCUGUGCCACCUAUGCUGCCCAGCUUUUCCUUCAGAGCUGUGACAACCAGGGCGUAGGGCAGGGGGCAGGAAGAGAGCAAGGUGGGCUUCUGCAGCUGAUGUCCUCAAUGAGCUCCAGGUGAUAGGGCAUGGCCUCUGGCAGCAGAAGUCUUUCCCUGGGGUGUCCCAGUAUUCAUAGAGUCCCCAGAGGACAUCCCACCCUUACCCUCCAAGGUCAGGAAUGGUCCUGGACAACAUGCUUUCCUCAAGUAGUUCCAGCAGUCUUGAUUCAGCUCAGGCCACCAAUGCUGCCCCUCUGCCUCCCUCCCUCUGUCAUGACAAAUUUGAGGUGGUCUGCUUAGAAUCAGCCAUAUGGGCAGAGGAACUCAUGUAGUGGCCCAUGUCCCAGACACCAGACAUUUAGCAGCUGGAAAUGGGAGAGAGGGAGUGAGCAGCAGUUAUGGCUUGCCCUAAGUGACACAGGCCACAAGUGGAUGAGUUGAGAUGGACUCCAGUUUCCCUGAUGUUCACAGUCAUUUCCUGUCCAGUGUUUCACACCACUUACAACUCCUGAAGUUCAGAACCAAAGAGGCAGUGUAGGGAGGAUGGGGUUCAGAAUAUCACCUCCACUUUUCCAGCAUGGCACCUUAGGCAAGUCGUUCCAUCUUGUAGCACUUACUUUUGUUGUGUCAGUGAGAUGCUCCCUCUCUUGCAGGGCUUUGGGAGGCUUACCUGAAUUAACAUACAUGAAGCUCUCAGCACAGAGCCUGGCACAUGGCUUACCAUUUAUACGCCAGGGACACAACAGCAAACUAAUGUCCUCCUGAAACAGACACAAUUGAAUAUGUCACCACAUUGGGGUAAAUGUUUGGGAGCAGAGGACAGUGCCUGGUUAGUGAGCAACAGGGGCCCUGCUUAGUCCAAGAACCCCUGUGGCCAAGGUCUUCCCAGGCUGUGAGAAGAAAGAUGCAGGUCCAUCCUGUGUAUGGUGUGGUUCCACCUCCACCCUGGUGGCACUGGGUGGCUUUCAGGCAGAUGGGCCUGUGUGUGUUUCCAGAAACUGUUCAGGUGCCUGCCUAGAGGUCAGCAGAGAGAGGGCACAGGGAGAAGAUGAAAAGGAGGAGAGUACUCCAAAUAUCAAGUGGCAGAGGCAGUCCCUGCAGGGUGGAGAACUCCUACCCACCCACAGCAGCCAGCUCAGCUGUUUCUCCUUGACUGCUGAUGCUCGCCAUGAUCCAACCAAAAACCUGGAGGUUCAGGAUAGGAGGCUGGGCCAAAUCAGGCAGUGAAUUUGGCAGCUUUUGUGACCUGAAGCUGCCUGCCUGCCCUCUCUGGGCUCCCUUUGAGAGGUCUACUUGUCCCUCAGUUAAGGCAUCAGCCACCAACACCUUCAAGGCACAAAUAACAGUUGCUUCCCUGGCAUUGCCAAGCCCACACUGGGCUCUUGGUUCUGUGGACUGGAGUGGAGGUAGUGGUUCUCUCUGACAUAAGUGACCAGAGAGAUGAAUGGAUUUCACUGCCACCACACAGGGCCACACAUUAGAAUGUUGGCUGCCUCUACUGCCUGUGGGUACAGGGAGGAGCUUGGCCAGGGCCUGGAUUGCAGGGUGAGGGAGGUGCUGGGUGGGGGAGGGGUAAAAUCAAGCCCCAGGGUCAAACUCCCUUUCUCCUCUGCCCCAACCACUGUGUGGCUUGGGCGACCCACUUCCCUUCAUUGAGCCUCAGUUUCUCCAUCCUUAACACUUGCCCCUGUCUUGGCUCCAGCUCAGGCAGGUGUCCCAUCUCUGCCCUGUCCCAGCCAGGAACAAAGGGCAAGGAAGAGCCUAUCACUCAUUGGCCAGAACCCUGUCCCCUGGGGAUCCACCCACCACCUUGGCCUAUUUUCAGCCCUUGCAGUUGGAGAGAAAAAGCACUUUCCAUUCCCAGCACAAUGGUGCCGUGGACCAUUGUCCAGCAGUGAUGUGGGGGAUCCGCCUGCCCCAAAAUAGCCCCUGUGCCCACCCUCGGGGCCUCCCUGCCCUGCUCCUCCCCUCCCCUCCCUGAUAUCAUUUCUUGGGGCUGUUAACUGCUGAAUGCCACUAAGAAACAGCACACAAUGAGACACAAUGAGUUGGACUCAGUUUCUCUCCUGGCAGAGACUCCAGAGAUUAUCUGGCUUCUUAGUGGGACUGGAAGUCCCAGAGAGGGUUGUGCUCUGCACAAGGUCACAAAGCAGUCAGGGUGGAGCUUAGAUAUAAGACUAGGGCUAUUCCUCCUGCCUCCGUCACUCUCAUUAACUCUACUUUGUGCCUCCUAGAAUUGAGAGCUCACCUUUAGAGGCCCGGGAGGGAAGUCCUGGCAACAAGCCUGAGUGGUGUGAGUGGGAUGGGGGUGGGAGGAAUGCAUCUUGGGUUCUGACCUUGGAGAAGUGAGUACAGUGCAGAGGCCUGAGCUUAAAGCCCGUUCUUCCCCCAUUCAAUUUUAGUUUUAGCAAAUAUAGCUAUUAGGAACUAAAUGUUUGUGUUCCCCCAAAAUUGGUAUGUUGAAAUCUUAAUUGCUAGGGUGAUGGUAUUAGAAGAAGGAGCCUUGGGGAGGUAAUAGGUCAUGAGGGUAGAGCCCUUAUGAGUGGCAUUAGUGCUUGCAUUAGCUUUCCGUUACUGGAACAAAAUACUUGAGAUAAUUGACGUAUAAAGAGAAAAGGUUUAUUGUGACUCAGAAUUUUAGAAGUUUCAUCCCAUGAUGAGUUGGCUCUGUUGAACACCAUGGUGGGAGCAUGUGGUACAGCAAAACCAUUUACCUCAUGAUGGGAAAGUGAAAGAGAAGAGAAAGGGUCCAGGGACCCACUAUCCCUUUAAGGAUACCCCUUUCCCAAUAACCUAACACCUCCAACUAGGCCCUACCUCUUUACGUUUCCAUUAUCUCCCAAUAGCCAGAAUAGCAAGUCUUUAACACAUGGGUUUUGGGGUCCAAAUUAUAGUAGUGCCAUUAUAAAAGGAAUCCCAGAGAGCUCUCUUACCUCUUUCCACCACGUGAGUUUACAGAAAGAAGUUGUCAGUCUGUAACUGGGAAGAGAAAGCCCUCGCAAGAAAACCCAGCUAUGGGAGCGCCACCCUGACCUUGAACGUUUAGCCUUCAGAACCAUGAGAAAUAAAUGUCUGCUGUUUAUAAUAUGAUAUUUUAUUAGAGAAGUCUGAAGGAAAGCAGUGGCUCAGGAUUCAAAUAUCAUCUCUGGGGAAAAGAGAGAGGAGGUUGGGGGACAUAGGGCAGUGGAGACAGGGGCAGGGUUGGGCCCAGAUCUGCCACCACCAUCCCUCAAGCUCAGUUUCUUCUUCUUCCGUCAGGUGAUUGAACAGUGAGGACACAGCAUGGCACAAACACACAACUGCUUUGUGUCCUUCCCAGCCACGCUGGCUGCUUGGUGAUGUGCAAUUUCCCUUUCCCAUCCGUAAACUGCACAAGGGAAAUGCUAACACUGAGUCACUUUGGUAACAAAGUUCAGUGGAGUUGAAGGUUUCAACCCCUACUUGAUUUAGUGCUUACCCUUCUUCCCAAUGUUGGGAGACCCUCCUCUCUCCCCCCCGCCCCCUCUCCUCUGGCUGUUGGGGAGGAUGGGGAGGAAAGGGACCAUUAUCUCUUCCAAUAUACUGCUACCACCUUCUCUUGCUGUCAUGCUGCUCUGGUCUUGACAAUCUGGCCAUCAGGGCUCCUCUGCGUGGAGCCCUUCAAAUGCCUGUCUACCCCUGUAUAAAAGUCUCUCCAUUAAACUAUCCUGAAGUUACGCCAUUUGAGUGUGUCAUAUCUUUUCUGCUGUGGUCUCCACUGACACCCUCAGUUUCACCUGAGGAAUUUUCCUGAAGCACUCCCUCACCUGGCUUGAGGUAGGAAAACUCUUGUCCCUUCCCCACCCCAUUCCCACAGCAGGCUGAGACCUUGAGGCUACAGAGUUGUCUUCAAGUCCACGGAGCACAGGAUCCAGCACGGAAAAUGAAAAUGGAAGGUUGUAGAGGAUUAGGGUAAUGAACUCUAAGGAGCCAACUAACUCAGUAGUUUUUAAGGCUUAGAAAGUGCUGCUGGGUGCCAGUGACUUAUGCCUGUGAUUGUAUCUA